GGAUAUUACUACUACUGCAUGGACCGGUGCAGCACCAGCAGCAGCAGCACGGAGACGCUCACAUAGACGCACAGCAAAACCAAAAGAGGAGCUGACUCGCAGACACCGAACUGUGAUUUAUUGGACUGAUCAUUUUUUAUCCACUCUUUUAGAAAUCAAUUAGCUCUUCUCAAAAAGUAGGGUGUCGAUUAUAGGGGCCGGCAUUGUAUUUUCCCCCCUUUUGGAGUUUGUUACUUGAACUCACCUUGCAGGUACAUUUUUGGACCAACGUUGGCACAAUAGUCAGGUAAACAAGAAAGGGAGUGAUAUAUUUUGUAAAAAAAAAAACAAAAAAACAACCAAAAGUCACAUUUGAAAGAAAUCGAAAUCACAAAUUUUGCCAGUGUAAUUAAAAUAAAAACCAUGCAUAUGCAGCCACAUCUUCCUCGGCAAUAAAAUUAUCCUGUUGAUUUUUUGGCGCUCUAAAUCAGCUUGGAGACUUUUUUACAGUAAACAAAUAGCGAAUCAGAGGCUUCACAUGUGUUGCAGAGUAGGCUUUACACGAAUAGGAAGGCGGCAAAGUGUGGUCUCUUUAUGUCAUGCAAAGUGCAGAAUUGACGUUUAGCUUUUACUUGGUGCAUAAAGAUUUGUUGUAGAUAAACAUCUUGAACUUUCAAAUUUAUAGUUUGCAGCUAUUCUUUAUAAAAUACAGUGGAAUUUGAUUUUUAAGUCAGUUUAAUUAUUUGGCAGUACCGAAAUGCACUGAUACAUAAGGCUAUAGUUUAUUUUUUCUAAAUUGUAUGUGUUUCUAAACCAGAUUACUUUUAAAUGCAAAAAAAAGAAAAAUGAAUAAAAUCCGAUUUUUUUAUUUCUGAGGAAAUGUGCACAAAUAAUCUAGAGUAGGACCUCUUGCAAAUAGCUUUUAGACGUUAUUUCUAAACAAACCCUCCUUAACUUUGUGAGAAAAUGUGGUUCAUUAGACUACUGUCUAUUUUCCUCGUCGUCAUCACAAACACGUGGCCGCUCAGCCCGGUUCGAUCCGAUGCCCUCAGCCGGCACAAGCGCUCCUUGGCCCGGCGGGCAGACAGCGAGCUGUCCGGGAUAGCAGCAGGUGAACCCUGCUUCGUCUCACCCUACCGACGGCAACCCCGCGCUCUCUCCCCGGCGCUAAAGCGCCCUCCAGCGGACCCGUCGAGGACGUCCACAAGUCGGAGAGCGCCCUUCACCGUCGCAGGCGGUCGAGAGGUUUGUCCCGGCGGAUGCGGGCUUGACACCGGGCUGCGGGACAUCGCUCCGGUGGGGCGAGACAAAAGAGGCAGGGGUGAUACCGAAGACCUGGUAGAGGGAGUGGGUGGAAACCCGACAUUAUUGAAACGGUUGUAUGAAAACAACUUUCGAAAUGAGGAAAGGGAGUUUAAUUAUGUCGGCGAAGAUUCCCCACACCCGCCUAGGAAGUCCGGUGGUACAGAUACAGAGGAGAGAGUUUCUCAUGGCUCUCGCUCCAGGGCUCCCCGCAGCCUCGAAGUGAAACUUCUCUACGAGAAAGAGAACAACUCCAGCUGGGAGAAAGUUCCUCUUGAGAGCUCUACGGUUCACAGGGGGCUUCCGGUCCUCCGUAGACUGAGGCAAGAUCAUGGAGCUGGAGACAACCAGUCGUCCACUGUGACUCUGGUGGAUGCUGUUGCUACGGCUGACUACUCUGGGGAGAUAGAGGAAGCAGAUGACGACUCUCCCUUUAACAGCUGGGGCACCCCCUUGCCGAGAGUGCCUCCUUCCUGGAUGACAGCCCUGUACUUUAACGGGCACCGCGAGACUCUGAGGGUGAAACUGGCCGAGGGAGUCGAGCUGCCACGGGACAAGUUCAGUGUGGAGCUGUGGGUGAAGCCAGAAGGCGGGCAGAGCAACCCGGCGGUCAUAGCAGGUGUGUUUGACAACUGCUCCCAUUCGCUCAGUGAGAAGGGCUGGUCGGUUGGCAUUCGCACCGUGGAACCAGCAGGCACCAAAGACGCUCGGUUCUACUUCACGCUUCGCACAGACCGAGCUCUAAAAUCAACCACCAUCUACAGCCACCACCGGUACCGGGCUAAUGUCUGGACUCAUCUGAUGGUCACAUACAAUGGUUACAACAUGACCCUGUAUGUUGAUGGGGCUAAGAUGGGGGAAAGUAGCCUCCAGUCAGGGAAUCUCUACAGUCCCUUCAUGCAGACCUGCAGAUCUCUGUUUCUUGGCAGUAAACAACCUGAUCUGGGUCAGAGCUUUAGGGGCCACAUUGGAGGAGUGGUCCUGUGGGGCUAUGCUCGCUCCCAUGAGGACCUUCAGAAACCACCACUUCAAAUCGACUUGAAUGAGCCAGUUUUGGCAAUGUGGGCUGAUUUCACCAGUGUGGAACGGCUGUGGACCCAAUACAAAACUGCACUUCAUCCAACUGUCAUCACCACUCCUGUACCGGAGCAAGAACUUGUCUCCUCCUUUCUCCCGCCAGCAUGUGGCGUGACACAGUGCGACAACACAGACAUCAUCUCUGGCUACAACAACAACUGGCAUCUCCUUACCCCCAAACGCAUUCGCUACCGGAUUGUCAAUCUCUUGGAUGAUGACGGUAUGAAUCCAACGGUGACACCAGCCCAGAUCCAGGUCCAGCAUCAGGCUCUAAAUGAGGCGUUUCUGCCUUACAACAUCACCCUAGAGCUGAGUGUCCACACUGUGAAAAACUCCAGUCUCCGGCAGAGAUUCAUCCUGAGCAACUGUCGGAUUGGUAAGAUUGGGAACCGGCAGUGCGACCCCGAGUGUGACCACCCAAGGACUGGCCACGAUGGAGGCGACUGCCUCAGGCUAGGCCACUGUUAUAACUGGAAAAGGCAGGAUGGUGUUUGUGACAUGGAGUGCAACACCAUACACUAUGACUAUGAUGAUGGAGACUGCUGUGAUCCAGACGUCACAGAUGUCGUUAAGACCUGCUUUGAUCCUGAAUCUCCUAACAGGGCUUAUAUGAGCGUUAAAGAACUAAAGGAUAAAUUAAACCUGAGCAGCGACACACUCAAUGUGUUUUUUGCCAGCAACUCGAUGCGAGAAGAGCUGGCAGGAGCAGCAACGUGGCCAUGGGCAAAGGAGGCUCUUACACACCAAGGUGGGAUGGUUCUCAAUCCAUCCUACUUUGGUACAACGGGCCACCAGAACACAAUGAUCCAUGAGAUGGGGCACAUAUUUGGGCUGUACCACGUCUUCAAGGGAGUGAGCGAGCGGGACUCCUGUGACGACCCAUGCCAGGAGAUAAUCCCCUCAAUGGAGACGGGGGAUCUGUGUGCUGACACUGCACCAACCACCAAAUCCAAAGCCUGCCAUGACCCCGAGGCUGUCAACGAUACAUGUGGAUUCACCAUCUACCAUAACACGCCUUACAGCAAUUACAUGAGUUACACAGAUGACAACUGCACCAACCACUUUACUCCUAAUCAAGUAGCCAGGAUGCACUGUUAUCUUGAUUUGGUCUAUCAGAAGUGGCUGACGGACAAUCAUCCUGCCCCUGUCCCGCUUCCCCCGAUAGUGACUGGCCAAAGCACCAACUCUGUUUCCAUAUAUUGGCUCCCACCCAUGAGAGGGUCACUUUAUCAAAGCCCCUCAUUCCAUGCUUCUGGCAUCGACUGUGGAGCCUGCGAGAAAGACGGCGUCUUCCACCAGUACGCCUUUCAGGCCUCCUCACCUCGUAUCUGCGACACGUCAGGCUACUGGACACCUGAAGAGGCAGUGGGGCCGCCUGAUGUGGAGCAACCUUGUGAACCCAGUCUCCAGGCCUGGAGCCCUGAGCUCAGUCUCUAUGACACUAACGUGACGUCACCAUGCCCUGAAACGGAGGGCUGCACCCUCACACUACGAUUCCUGCACUCUGUCAUUCCACACAGACUCACACUCUGGGUAACCUAUUCCUCCUCAAUCUCAGGCAACCCUGCUGUAGCCAACAUUGAGCUAAUUACAGAUGCGGGGAAUGGCAUUUACCUUGGACCACAGCAUGUCUUCUGUGACAUGCCCCUGACAUUGCGCCUUGACACCAACAACGUGGCAAUAUCUGCCAUCAAACUCUGCACCUUUGAUGAGAAAAUGGAGAUAGAUGCCGUCAUGUUGUCCUCCGGACCCAGCAGUCCUCUUUGCUCCGGCUGCCAACCCGUGCUGUACCGAGUUCAGCGCCAGCCGCCCUUUACCAGCAAAUCCCCUCCACCUCAGAUGGAGCAAACGUUCACCGACAGCUCUGUUAUUCGGGGAGUGAAGUACCAGUACAUGAUCCAGGUGGAAACGGGCCGUCUCCUCAGCCUCCCUUCUCCGCCUCUUGUCUAUACAUAUGGACAGGCCUACUGUGGGGAUGGUGUCAUACAGGGGAUAGAGGAGUGUGACGACAGCAAUCUGUUAGAUGGUGAUGGCUGCUCUAAGAAAUGCUACAAGGAGAUGGGCUUCAAUUGUCAUGGUGAACCUAGUCAGUGUUAUGUAUUUGACGGUGAUGGUGUCUGUGAAGAAUUUGAGCGGGAUUCGAGCGUGCAAGACUGUGGUUACUUCACACCUUUGGGCUACACAGAUCAGUGGGCAUCAAGUGCCUCUGCUUCCCACCAGGACCCCAACCUCUGCCCUGCCCAAGCUGCCACAGGAGAGCCAUCCUUUCCCAAGCUUUGUAGUUUUCAGCACCCGGAGGUGAGCGAACUAAACUCUGAUGCCUGGUUUCCUUGCACCGCUAAGUCUGACACAAAUAAUGGCCUGGAACAUUCUUAUUGGAUAAAGGUGGGGUUCCUCCAUCCUGGUGUGGCAGCAGCUGUGAUGGUUUAUUUGGCCUCAGAUGGUUCGUGGUCUGGGGAGCCAUGGAGAAAGACGGUCACCAUCCUCCUGUCUGACGCCAGUGGCAAGAAUCACUCACUAGGCACACACGUCCUCUCAUGCUAUCGAAGCCCACUGGUGGUGAAUGUGACCCAUGAUCUCUCUCAGCCCUUCUUCCUCACAUUCUCUGUUAUCCUGCUCUUCUCGUCCCCCUCUGUGGCAGUGAGAGCAGUGGCUCUGAGGACAUCCUGCCACUUCAGCACCUUCGCCCUGACCGGUUGUCUGCGGCAGCCUUGUCAGAUUGACAGCUGCAGUCCUCCACAGAUUCAGCACGCCUCCAUCAGGUGUACAGGAGGAGGGGAAGCCUCCCGUUGCUCUGUGAAGUGUCACCGUGGUUACAGUAUUACCGUCCUUAAUGGCAGGGGGACUCCACCACAUCAGAGAACCAUAGAGUUGGAGUGUUUUCUUGGUUCAUGGGAUCGUGUUGUCAGCUGUGAGCCCCUGGACUGUGGCCUUCCUGAUCAGUCUCAUGUGUACCAUGCUAUAUUCAGCUGCCCUUGGGGAACCACCUUUGCCAAACAAUGUUCCUUCACCUGUGGGCCCCCGGCCAUAUUACAAGGUGACAGUGAUAGGUUAGUGUGUUUGGAAGAUGGGCUGUGGUCUUUCCCAGAGGCCUACUGCAAGAUCGAAUGUCCGGAAGCUCCCAACAUUCCCAGUGCCAAACUGCUCACAGCAGACUGUCUGGCUUCAGGGCAUGAUGUCGGGUCCUUCUGCCGUUACAGAUGCACCUCAGGCUUCUACGUGGUGGGGAGUCUCAAAAAGAAGAAACCAAGGAAAUACUUCAAGUUAGAGUGCCUGGAGGACGGACAGUGGAAUGAAAAUACCUGUGAGCCAAUAUCCUGCCCAACCCUGCCGGAUGUGUUCCAGGGGUUGUACACUUGCACAAAUGGCCUCCACUACAACACUCGCUGCACCUUGCGGUGCCCGGAUGCCACAGAAAAUAGUGAAAUUCGCUGCACUAAGGAUGGUAAAUGGACAGCAGAGUUCACUAUGUGCUCCACGAUCCAGGGUUCAUGCUCUGCUCCCUCUGAUCUCAACUAUGUUGAGUACAGUUGUGACACGGGGAUGAAUAUCGGUGAUGUGUGCUACCCUACAUGUGUUGUCGCUCUGAACACGGACCUGCAUGACCCGGUGGUUCUGUCCAACGGAACUACACCUAGCAAUUUGAAGCACUGGAUGGUGCCUGCCACAGUACAGAGCAUAAUCUGCACCGGGAUGAUGAAGUGGUACCCUGACCUUGAAAACAUCCACUGUAUCCAGUCAUGUGAGCCUUUUGGAGGGGAUGGUUGGUGUGACACCAUCAACAACAGGGCCUACUGCCAGUAUGAUGGAGGAGACUGCUGCCCAUCCACGCUCUCCACCAGAAAGGUCAUCCAGUUUGGAGCGGACUGCAGUGAGGACGAGUGCACUUGCCGUGAUCCAGAUGCCGAAGAGAACAAGAGCAAAGUGAAACCCUUGGACUGAAGAGGUGGAUCUGGAGGAGGAAUGCAAUAAGACGCAGAGAUGAAAGGAAGUUGAACUUGUCUUAAGCAAAAGUCGAAUCACAUCACAUUCACCACAAGUAAAAAAAUAUCAGAUGUGUAUCAUUUUUUAAUACAAAGAUUACGACUAAUGUAAGACUAUACAAUAAAAGACCAUUUGUAAUUCAUUACCAGAUACUUUAUUGUUAAACUGCAUCCAGUAAGUCAUUCCAUUAAAAUAACAUCCACAUAUUAUACAUUUUUGGGUUCCUAGAAGGUCGUAGAAGGUUAUCUUCGGUGGAAGAUUAGAAAAGGUUGUUUUGGAGAUCGGAGCCUACACACUGAAGCUCUUCUCUAGAAAUAAAGCCAUCAUAAUUUAAUCAAAUCAAUGUUCUGAAUGAGCUCAAGUACCUUUCUGGAACUAAUUAGAGUUGGGGCGGAGAACCCUCCAGUUGUCAUGGCUAAAGGCUGCUUGAAAACAUGUGUAUAGAUUAACAUGUAUAGACCAUAUAUGUGCAUCAUCCAGUAUAUCCACAAAGCCAUCUAUUAGUCGAACAGGUCAUUACUAUAUUCAUAUCACAGUUCACGUUGUUAUUGUACUACUGGAUCAUGCAGCCGGGUUUCCAAAGCAGCAGUGCAUGGAAGUGUGUUUAGCUGCUCAAACAUGAGUUAGUCUUAAAUCUAAAUGAACAUUGUGUAAUUUCAAAUAUUGACUGUAAACACAUUUAUUAUCCUCUCUAUAUAAGUACCACUGGAAAAAAUCUGCACAUACGGUAAAGCUGUGAUGAACUGAAGUGUAGAAAGACAGUUCAUUCACUCAGCACAGACUUCAUAUGUGUAAUAGAGACAGAUUCUGGUGUCAGUAAACCCAUAUGAAGAAGUACCACAUCAGUAUGAAUAAAAGUAUAUUGUGAUAUUUUACCGUACUUUGUACUCUAUAUAAUAAAUUCCAACUUUAUAUAGACCUGAA